AUGGCUGAGAUCCAAGCCAAGCUCCAGACUCUGUCUGACGAGUACCAGAAACUUCAGCAAGACUUACAAAACACCGUAAACUCUCGGCAAAAAUUACAAAGUCAACAGCAAGAGAACGCUGGUGUCUUCAAGGAGUUUGAAAAGCUGGGGGAGGAUGAAACCAUCUAUAAGCUCAUGGGUCCUGUGCUUCUGAAACAAGACAAGGUUGAGGCAGAGAGCACCGUUAAAGGGCGUCUAGACUUUAUUGCAGGCGAAGUAACGAGGCUGGAGACACAGAUCAAGGAGACUCAGGACGAGCUUGAGAAGAAGAAGGCGGAAAUCAUUCAAAUCCAAGCCUCCGCUCAAGCCGCUGCGGGCGGAAAAGCACCUCAAAAAUGA